AUGGACGAUAUAGAAGAUCAAGCUGAAAUAAGAAAUGGUAAACCUUGUUGGCACUUGUGCACAGAUGUUAUUCAGGCUAUCAACGAUGUUAGUAUGCUCCGAAGUUUCCUGCAGGAGAUGCUGCGGCAAAAUUUGGACACUAAGAUGUAUGUUAACGCAUUGGACAUUUUUAAUGAGAUCUACACCCAUAUAACGAUUGGACAGCAGAUAGAUUAUGAAAUGUCAAGAAGAAAAAAAUAUGACUCCUUUACUGAAAGUGCGUACAACGACAUGAAUGAUUUUGCUGAUUGCUUCAUAGAAGAUUCCAUAACGGGAAAUAGCGGCACAGAUAUAGGAAAGGGUAAAUUUACAUGGCUUUCUAUGGCCGCUCUUCAAAGAGGGCCCGACCAGAUGGAAGCUAUCGGCAGGGGAGACCAAACGGCCGAGGGC